CUCAUGUUUAGACUAGUGCAACAAAGUUGUGUACGGAUCAUGUAGGAACAAGACAUGGACGUCCUACGUGCCAGUCGUAUAUCGAAUACACUUAUUUUCGCUUCUCGAUUUGGCUAUGCUGUCAUGUCGGAUGAAGGCAAGUGUUCGGUUCGACGAAACACUUCGCAUUCGAGCACAAAAAAGCGCCAGUCAACCCCCAGAGAGAGAUUUUCAUUUAUACCAUCGGCGACAAUACAGGUCUUGGGAAAUGGCUGACUGCCUCACCAUUCCAAAAUUUCGACAGCUUCACUUCUCUGACGAGAGUUACUUCUUUGCUAGACACAUAGUCUCUGCGUAAUACAACAGCAAGAUCAUACCUAUGUCCCACAAUUGAUAGCUAUUUCAUCCUUUCCACACACGUCACCAUGUGCAUUGCUCAAGACCGCCGCCAGAAAUCUCCAAAGGCCAUACCUCUUAUUCCUGCCGUUUCCAAGGCCAACCAUGUAUCAAAUGUACCGUCGUUUCAUAUUAAUUCGAAGCAGGCGAUGCAGCGGACCGAAAGCUAUGAUACCAACUCAACGACACUAUCAAAGGAGUCUCACACAAGCGGUGCCCAAAAUUCAGCAAACUUUGUUGAAGACUCCAAGCUUGGAAAGGGAGAAAAAGAUUUAGAGUUUGAUGCUCCUGGGUUUGCUUUCCUCGAUAUUCCAGUGGGUGGAAUUAUACGUCUUCCCCGUGAUCGACACGCAGAAUCCCUGGACCAUCCAGCUAAAACGUGUUUGGAAAUUGCAUCGCGAAUGUUUCGCCUCUCCCAUGAUGAGGACACAUCGGAAACAUCAGAGUUCGACUCCAAAGCACACGCCUUGUUGGGUGGCUAUCGGACUCCACCGGUGGACGUUGACCGAUUUCAGGUUGUCUACCCUCCCGCUACUCCUCAACCAUGUAAAGUCAUUCAUUCUGAAUUUCAGCAGAUACCUGAAAACUUGUUACUUCCCAUCUUUCGAUAAAGCAAUCCGACGAAAGGUAUGCAUAGGAGCAUUGCCAUGUGGGGUUUUCUUUUUAGGUCAUAGGAGGUUUGUUUCUUUUGGAAGUGAUUGUUAGAACAACUUUUGAAAGCUCCAACUAUGAACUUUUAAGUCUAGGAUGCCUCAGCUGCAGCGGAGUUGCGCCCAAGAAGAGGCGAUCCGAGCGCGCCCUCUCUUCUAGGCUCUUCACCAUUGGAGCAACAACUGAAGCAUGAGCAGCACGCUACGAGAACAAAGCAUAGUAUAAAAAGUGAGUCAAC